AUGAGGCCUGGAAGCAGCCUGGGGUUUGCUCUUUUCUGCUGGGUUUUUGGGGAGGUGGUUGCUUACAACCCCUGGGGCUUCAUUAGAGGGGAGGCAGAGCUCCGGAGGUACGGAGGGGAUCCUUCCUUGGGGCAGCCCCGUGCCUUCUCCCAGCUCUCCCCCUGGGCAUGGGUGGAUGUCUCCCAGCUCCAGGCUGCUGCCCCGCUGCACCCCGUGGCCGUGCAGUGCCAGGAGGCGCAGGUGGUGGUCACGGUGCACAGGGACCUCUUCGGCACGGGGCGCCUGGUCAGGGCUGCAGAGCUGACCCUGGGCUCGGCUGCUUGCCUGCCUGCAGUCUGGAGUGCUGCUGAGACCGUGGUGACCUUCGUGGCUGGACUGCAUGAGUGUGGCAGCAUCCUCAGGGUGACCCCUGAUGCUCUAGUCUACAGCACGAGCUUAAAUUACAAGCCAGUUCCUGCUGGCAACCCUGUCAUCAUCCGCACCAGCCCUGCCGUGGUUCCUAUUGAGUGCCACUACCCAAGGAGGGACAACGUGAGCAGCAACGGUGUCAAGCCCACGUGGGUGCCCUUCCGCUCCACCCUGUCCUCCGAGGAGAAGCUGCCCUUCUCCCUGCGCCUCAUGAACGAUGACUGGAGUGCCGAGAGAGUCUCCACCGUAUUUCAACUGGGAGAGGUCCUCCACUUCCAAGCUGGUGUCAACACUGAGAACCACGCACCUCUGAGGCUCUUUGUGGACAACUGUGUGGCCACCCUGACCCCGGACAGGAGCUCUUCUCCCCAGUAUGCUUUCAUUGACUUCAGUGGGUGCCUGGUGGAUGGGCAACUGGAUGAUGCCACCUCGACUUUUAUAUCCCCGAGACCCAGGCAAGACGUGCUUCGGUUUGCAGUAGAUGCAUUCAAGUUUGCAGGAGACUCCAGCAAUCUGAUCUACAUCACCUGCCACCUGAAGGUCUCCCUGGCUGACCAAGCUCCUGACCCUCUGAACAAGGCUUGCUCCUUCAACAAAGCCAGCAACCUCUGGGCUCCUGUGGAAGGCACCCGGGAUGUCUGUUCCUGCUGCGAGAUGAGGAGCUGUGGCUUGGCCAGGCACUCCAGGAGGCUCCAUGCUCCCUCCCGAUGGCAAGGAGGACGUGCCCGGAGAGAACUGCCCUCCCAGCUUGAUUCCUUGGUGAAAGAAGCAGAUGUUGUGGUUGGACCUCUCUUCAUCCACAGCUGGCAGGAUCACCCAGUUAAGAGGAUGCCUUCACAAGAUGCAGGUCACUUGUGGAUGAUAUUGGGGCUGGCUGCAGUUGCUGGUUUGGUCAUCCUGAUCCUUGCUGUUCUAGGAGCUCUGACUGUCUGCUGAAAACCCAGCAACCCCGUUUAAGUCCCUGGUUUCAACUUUUAUGGUCUAUCCAAUAAAAAAAUAAGUUGGAGGACUGAGAGGCUUGGUGGGGGGAGUGGAGAAGUCUUCAUGGAGGGACAGAUGCAUCAAAUCUUCCUGCUAAAUUUAACUGUGCUGCUUUGCUUCCCUAAACCCACUUUGAGUAUCUCAUUCUCCUGAAGCCCUGUCCUCAGCAGAGCCUCUUACAGCCUUACACCCCCAUGGACUUCUCCCAAAGCACCUAGUUGGGAACUGAUGCAAAAAAUCACCACCCAGAUGCUCUGUUUUUCUUGUCUGUUGGAGCAUGGACUUUGUGUUUAGCCUCAAAAUAUUUUACCUGUCUAUGGAGCUACUUGGGUCUGCUCUGUACUGGUAACUCCUUACUCAAUGAGCCAAGGGUUUAAUAAAACUUGGACCAUUC